AUGUUCGCUCGCUCGGUGACGAUUGACGUUCGUCAGCUGGCCACGUUGCGAAUGUUCCCGGACAACUUGUUUAUUCAAUGGCAGGGCGGAAGGGUAAUCGGAGGUCCUGGCGCUUUGCGCAACAUGGCUGGAUUUGAAGGCGCUCUGCCGCUCAUGGGGUGGGCCACCUUCGACUUAAUUAUGCCGGAGAAUCUCGUUGGCAUGUACAUCGGCGUUCGCGACUGGUCGGACUGGCGUUCUCGCGCACAGGCGUACUGCCUUAUCGACAACAUCUUCAUGGACGUAGUCACAGUUUCUUUCGGCGCCGGGGAAAGCCUUCCUCAGCCUCAUCCAGGUCGUGUCGUGUUCUCGCAUUCCGACCAGAGCAAUCCCAUGGAUUCUCCAUUCGGUGGUGCUUGGGCCAAGCUGUUCGUUUGGACCUUCGUUCGGCCAUCGCACUCACGCCCUGUUCUGCCUCGAUGGCACGUGUGCCCUUCCUGGCUGCACAUGGGUGUGUUCCGGACAUGUGCGACAGACUCGGUGGCGCUUGUGUCCUCGGUGUCCGAAUCGACUGGAAGACGAUAUCGGUGGUGCAUCCAACUUUCGCACCGGGCAGAUUUCAGAACAGACUUCGAACGGUGUCUCAGACGACUGGGAGUUGUAUCCGGGCAGCAGUAUAUGCUGGACGAGACACCCUACAAUCUGCCGAUUUUUUGUCCUUUUGCGUACCUCAAGAAACUUGCACGCGCUUCCAAACGCAUGCUGCGUGCUGUUCGCGACCGACGGAGAUGGCAGGACAACCGCGAUACUCAAACUUUGUGCUGGGUGAUGGAGACAUACAUGUUCGCUCGCUCGGUGACGAUUGGCGUUCGUCAGCUGGCCACGUUGCGAAUGUUCCCGGACAACUUGUUUAUUCAAUGGCAGGGCGGAAGGGUAAUCGGAGGUCCUGGCGCUUUCCGCAACAUGACUGGAUCUGAAGGCGCUCUGCCGCUCAUGGGAUGGGCCACCUGCGCCUUAAUUACGCCGGAGAAUCUCGUUGGCAUGUACAUCAGCGUGCGCGACUGGUCGGACUGUCGUGCCGCGCACAGGUGUACUGCCGUAUCGGAUAUCGACAACAUCUUCACGGAUGAAGUAAACUCGAUGGCGCUUUCGUGUCCUCGGUGUCCGAACCGACUGGAAGACUACGUCGGUGGUGCGUCCAACUUUGAGGGGUCGAACAUCACGGCUCAUGACUUCUGGAGGCAACGUGGAGAGCAGGAUGAACAGAAUGACAAGUGUACCUGUGUUGCGUCGAACAUCCUGAGGCAGAAUGCCGACCUGCUGGACAAAAUGCCUUUGGCGCUGCAGCUUCUUCCGGAUCCGCAAGAACCAUCCCAGAUGACUAAGCGUGUCUGGGAGCGUGCGCUUCGGGCGCGAGCUAUGAUGGGUCUUCUCAAUCAGCGUGCAGAAGACUUUGCGCCUAGCUUUCAGGUUUCUGCAUGCAGAGGCGAGCAUCUUUCCAGAAACAGCGCGAAUCCCUUGGAUGGCCUUCCGCGCCCGAAGCGUUUCGAAGGCUACGAGGAGGAAUGGCGCUGCAUGGCUUUGGAAAAUGGAGUGCAACUGCACAUGGCAUUGGUCUCGCAGCAGCAGCGAACCUGUUUUUCCUGGACAACCAACUCGGCCUACUCGGCCAACAUGAGGGCGGCCGCCGCCCUCGUGGCGGCGCUGCCGACGCUGCCGCUGCGUCGGGUUGUCAUCCGGGACGCCGAAGAUCCGUACGAGACGCCGAACGAAGGCGAUCUCGUGAGGAUCCACUACAUGGGCAAGCUCGCUGACGGCACUUGCUUCGAUAACUCGCGGACGCGACGGACACCCUUCGAGUUCGUCCUUGGCGAGGGCGAUGUCAUCGACGGUUGGGAGGCCCUUAUUCCGACCAUGGCGCUCAAGGAGAAGGCUGAGUUGGUGUGUCCUCCCGAGUACGCCUACGGCGAGGAGGGGGUGGAGGGCGUCAUUCCGCCGAACGAGACAUUGACCUUCCGUGUCGAGUUGCUGGACAUCGGGCGGCCUAUGGAGGAGGAUGCGGAGAAGGACGUCGUUGACGUCGGCGAUGCAGAAGAGGAGGAAGAUGUGAACUUCUGGGACAAGGAGGAGCAGCGGGAGUCCGGGCGAGGUGAGAACUUCACCUGGGAGGCCUCGGGCAGCGGCAAGGAAAUCCUAAUCCGUGUGCCGCUGGACGACGACGUCCGGGUGAAGCAGAUCAAGUUCAGUGUCACCAGCACCGCAUUGAUGUGCAAGAUUGCGGACAAGGUGAUCAUCGACGGGUCGCUUUUCGCCCAAGUCCUCACGGAUGACAGCUUCUGGGACUUUGACAAGAAAGGCGGCAAGGCCUACUUGCUCAUCACUUUGGGCAAGUUGGACUCCAGCAUAAAGUGGGAGUCCGUGCUCAAAGGAGGGGACAAGCCCGCAGACGACGGUGUCGAGGUACUUGGAGCCGACGAGGCGGACCCCUCGGAGGGGUUUGCUUCCGAGCUCUUACAAGGAGCUGUUUCAGGUCAAGGCUUCGCCACUUUCUCCAAGACCCUGCCCACCAGCGGUGGAUUGCGGGGCGGGUGUUUCGUGCCUGUCGUGGAGUUUUGGAUUGCAGUAAUUACGGAGGGGAGUGGUGAGUGUGGCUGGCGACUUCGACUGCAUUUUGCAGACGCAGUGGCAAAGAUUGGGCUUGAGGCUCUGCGGGUGGGGUGGGGCGGGGCGCGACAUGGCGCGACGCUGUUAGCCCUACGCCGAGUGUCUCCCGAGAUUGUGGUGGUGCGCUCUUCGCAGGUCAAGGAGCUGCUGAGCGUCUUUUCUCUGGGGGCCUUCUCUAUGGGCUGCCAACCUGCAGCAGAGGCUGACGAAGGCAGUGGCAGCGAGGAGGGCGGUUUGCCGAAGGAGCGCGGCCACACGGGCGUGAACCCGACGAUGAUGAACUGCAGUUUUGGCGACAGCGCCAGCCAUCCACUUGGCUGGUCGGGAACCGGCCCGCGUCGGGAAAGCGCCACGGACGCCGCGCCUGAGCCGAAGGAGGCUCCGGGCUGGAUGUCAGCGCCCGAAGGGGCCUACGCCGAGUUCCUGGCGGCGGCAGCCGCGGUGCCAGAGGCGCUUCCCAGGCCGGUGUCCUUGCAUCAAGACCUGCGAGUGGUACUGAAUCUGCCAAACAAGGAAGCGGAGGCCGAAGUCGUCGUCGUUUGCAUCAAGCAAGAGGACGCGCCCCAGCCCCAAAGAAGAGGGCCCAGAGCCGCGGCAAAGGCUGAGAAGGAGGCAGAGCCUGCUGCCGCAGAGGAGGCGCACUACGAUGCCGCGCCAGGGACCAUCGCCUCGGACGCCCCAGACACUAACGGCCGAUGGGAGGUGGAGACGACACGCAAAGGCUCCACGCACGUUCUCAGAGUGCCGGGCUACCGCCUGUUCUGGCAGGGCGCUCCUGUCACGGUGGGCAUCAGCAGCGGCGAGGCGAAGGAGGAGGCCGGGCUCAUCGCCGCUGAGCGGCCGGAUCGGACGACCGGCCUCUGGCUUGUGGAGGUCCACAAGACCCUGGCACUGCUCCCCACCAACCUCCGAGAGAGGCGCCUGCCCGGCUUCGAGGAUCUGCCACUUCCCUCCUGCCCAUUGCCGUUGGUGAGGGGUGUGGCGGUGGAGCUUUGCCAGCUCCGUGCUGGAGCCGCCUACAACGGCCUCUCAGGCGUUGUUCUCUCGAGCUGUCCCAACGAACGCGGUCGAUGGGAGGUUGCAGUGAAAGUGCCGAUGCGCGUGGCGCGUGAUCGGCUGACUCUCGUGGGCUUCAAGAAGCCGGCCGAGGCGCCGGCCCCGCGGGAUCCGGUGCCGCCCCAAAGUACGGGCGAGAUGCAUCUGGAGCUUGGGGACGAAGUAGAGAUCCAAGGGCUGGUGUCGGCCUCGAAGCACAACGGCAAGCGCGGUGUCAUCGUGCAGCGCGUGCUGGCAAAGACCACGGGAGGCACGGUCCGGCGUUAA